AUGUCUGCCAAACACGCCCUCUCCCGUUCCUGCGUUAUCUCCCCCAGGCCGCGCGAUGGCGCUGCGUCUCCGCAGCGGCUCGGGCCUCUCUGGGGCGCUCAGGCGCGCUGGCCCCUGGGGACGCCGAGGGCGGCUGCAACGCGCAGAGAGGCCGUGGCUCUCCCACCUGCCACCCUGGCCCUUCUCUGCUUGGACGGUGUCUUCCUCUCCUCAGCUGAGAAUGACUUCGUCCACCGGAUCCAGGAGGAACUGGACCGCUUUCUGCUGCAGAAGCAGCUGUCAAAGGUUCUUCUUUUCCCCCCACUCUCCAGUCGCCUCCGGUACCUGAUCCAUAGAACAGCAGAGAAUUUUGAUCUCUUGAGCAGCUUCUCCGUUGGGGAGGGCUGGAAGAGGAGAACGGUCAUCUGUCACCAGGACAUCAGGGUACCCAGUUCAGAUGGCCUCUCUGGCCCCUGCCGCCCUCCUGCCUCCUACCCCAGCAAGUACCACGGUCCUCGGCCCACCUCCAACCAAGGAGCAGCUGCAGUUCCCCGAGGUGGCCGGGCUGGCCGGUGGUAUCGUGGACGCAAGCCAGACCAGCCUUUGUAUGUGCCCCGGGUGCUGCGCAGGCAGGGAGAAUGGGGGCUGACCUCUACCUCGGGGCUCAAGGGAGAGGCCCCAGCUGGCAGGGACCCAGAAGAGCCUGGAGAUGUUGGUGCUGGAGACCCCAACUCUGAUCAGGGACUCCCUGUGCUGAUGACUCAGGGAACAGAGGACCUAAAGAGCCCAGGACAAAGGUGUGAGAAUGAGCCACUGCCGGACCCUGUUGGCCCUGAGCCCCCGGGGCCUGAGAGUCAGUCAGGGAAGGGAGACAGGGUGGAGACGGCCACACAGUUUGGGUCCACCCUGCAGCUAGACCUGGAAGAGGGGAAGGAGAGUCUGCUGGAGAAGAGGCUAGUGGCAGAGGAGGAAGAGGACGAAGAGGAGGUGGAAGAGGACGGCCCCAGCAGCUGCUCGGAAGACGAUUACACUGAGCUGCUGCAGGAGAUCACAGACAACCUGACGAAGAAGGAGAUUCAGAUAGAGAAGAUCCACUUGGACACGUCCUCCUUUGUAGAGGAACUGCCUGGAGAGAAGGACCUUGCCCACGUGGUAGAGAUCUAUGACUUUGAACCAGCGCUCAAGACGGAGGACCUGCUGGCAACGUUUUCUGAGUUCCAAGAGAAGGGGUUCAGGAUUCAGUGGGUGGAUGAUACUCAUGCACUCGGCAUCUUUCCCUGUCUGGCCUCAGCUGCUGAAGCUCUGACCCGGGAGUUCUCGGUGCUCAAGAUCCGGCCCCUCACGCAGGGAACCAAGCAGUCAAAGCUCAAAGCCUUGCAGAGGCCAAAACUCCUGCGUCUGGUGAAGGAGAGGCCACAGACAAAUGUGACCGUGGCCCGGAGGCUGGUGGCCCGGGCCCUGGGACUCCAACACAAAAAGAAAGAGCGGCCUGCUGUCCGGGGUCCGCUGCCGCCCUGAGGCCUGGAGACCCAGCUGGCCUGGAUCUGCGCCCUGAUGUAGCUGGUGCCCCAACACCAUAAGCCUUCACAGAUGCCAGAGCAGCCCCGCGCCACCCUCAAGCUUCACCAUGGGGUGUGGUGGGCUUUAGUUUAGUCUCAGAAAUGAAGAAAUAAAAACUCACAUUGUUCUAAUGUGA